AAAAAGAUUUUCUGCCGCACCUAGAAACGCCAGUGAGAUGACGCAGACAAACAAAGACUACCUCGAAGACAUGUUGGACAUGUCGGACGUUCCGAAUAUUAAUGACUGUCAAAGCGAAAUCCCCCAAUUUUUCGCGAGAAGCAACAUCCUAAUAACGGGUGGUUCCGGUUUUCUUGGCAUACUUCUAAUAGAGAAAUUGUUGCGAUGCUGUCCAGACAUAGGAAAAAUGUACCUAUUUAUGAGGACAAAAAAAGAUAAAUCACCCGAACGAAGACUCAAAGAUCAAUUUGAUGAUAUUGUUUACGAAAGAUUAAAGAAAGAGCAGCCCAACUUUAGUACAAAGAUUUUUUCAAAGAAGUAUUUCUUUCCAUUAAGGUGCGAUUUAGCACAUAUAGAAAACUAUGUAUUUCUUAUUUUUGUUUCAACAUAUUUUAACAUGAUUUAACAUAUUUUAACAUAUCUAAAGCUUAUUAAAAUCGAAUCGAAAGUCGCGAUAAUAGAGAUUUUUAACUCUUUCUCCCUUCCCCAACUCGGACUUUCUAUCUUAUUCUCUCUUCACACAGCAAGUGAAUAAAAUUCCGUACAGGGUCAUCCAGACUCAAUGAUGUGUUUAAUCUUUUUGUACUCGUUACCUUGAGACAACAACCUUCAGA